AUGUAUCACACUCGUCCUCAGUAUUAUUAUCCGCCUGCGCCGAGCAUUGCCCCGCUGAGCGCUGCUAUGUUCAGCCCCCUUGGAGAACCUGCUCCGUGGAAGGGACACCGGCAGAGGAAGACCAGCUCCGCUUCUCUGGAGACUGUCGAUCGAAUCGAAAGAAACAUUCCAGCGAGCUCUUCACGGAAGCUUUCCAGCGGAGGAUUCUUUCCGAUUCCAGAGCUCGAAGACGGCGUCGAUUACUUCAAGAUUGGAGAUUCGGUUCGCAUCCGGCGAUGGAAUGCCAGCACUGACAGCUAUUCGGGCUGGUAUGUCGGGCAGGUCGUGCGCCCGAUUCUGAUCGAGAACGAGGAUGGGAGCCAGCGUCGCACCUACGUCGUUUCGUUCGCCAAUCCGCGGACGAAAGAGCCGCAGGAAAAAAUGUUCUCGCCAUUCUUCAAGGAGAUCGCGCCGCUGGAAUGUGCUGGGGACGGCGUUUCUUCUCUGCGGGACGAGUUCAGCAGCGGCCGGCAGAUCGUGCUGGCUCCGCUGCCUGUGGCGCGUUCGGUGGCGUCUGGGUCGACUGGAUCGACGAAGGAGGUCGUGUAUACGCCUGCUGCCGUCCUCACUGCCCCGGAUGACCAUGGACGCGUUCGAUUACGGGUGUUGGAAGGGCCUGCCGCGGACAGAGAGUUUGAUCAUUUUGCAAUCAAGUAUGCGCGCCCGUAUAGUGUUGCCAACUCAGGUGGAUCCGACUCGACAUGUCUGCUCUUCCUUCUCAACCGCUAUCUCAAUGACGUCCGCGGUGCGUCAACAUCCCGUCCAAAAGGCCUAGAGAGUCGCAGAAUCUCCCCCGAGGACGCGCACUCCAGACUUGUGUCGCUCACCAUCGACCAUGACCUCCAGCCGUCCUCCGCCGCCAUGGCCGCGCACUGCGCGAGCGUCGCCAAGACGCUCGGCGUCAAACACGCCUCCGCCGUCAUCCCGUGGGGCGCCGCGCCGCACCCGGACAAACCGCAGCCCGGGACGCCCUUCGAGACGGCCGCGCGCACCUCGCGCUACCACACGAUGUUCGAGAUGAUGCUGCGCGAGGGCGUCGACGUGCUCGCGCUCGGACACCAUGCGGACGACCAGGUCGAGACGUCGCUGAUGCGCCUGGGGAAGGGCUCGACGGAGAUGGGCGCGGGCGGCAUGAAGCGCGUGCGCCGGUGGGGUAUGUGCGCGGUCGAUACGCGGGGGGAACUGGGUUUCGCUGGGCUGCCGGGGAUGUCGCGAUGGAUGAUUCGUCCCUUGCUGGAUGUUAGCAAGGACCGAAUUCUGGCGACGUGUGCCGAGGAGAAUCUGGAAUACGUGACCGACUCUACCAACUUCCAGCCCGAACUUACAAUCCGGAACUCUAUCCGAAAGCUAUUGUCACUCAACACGCUUGACUCUACGGCUCUCGGGACAGACAUUCCUGAGCAUAUCCAGGAACAUAUCGAUCAAAUUCAAGAAGGUCUAUCGGAUCUGGAAUUGGUCAACAUCGACCCUGCCGAUGGGCCCGAAUCUGUGCGCAUGUCGGUGUUGAGUCUCACGGAUCAGGUGGAAGAUAUCGAAAGCGAAGUGGACAGCUGCCUCAAUCGGUGUCGCCUGCCCUCGCCAGAGGGCACAAUGCUCCUUUCGUACCGCGGUCUCAAAACCAUCCACGACAUGAACGUCCGCCGGGCGCUCAUCCUGCGAAUCACGCGCUACCUGUCGCUCAACCCGUGGGGCUCUCUCCGCGCAGACGGAAACCGGCGCCGACAGAGUCUGGUGCGGAUCAUGAAGGCGCUGUGGACACCAGAUCCCAUCGGGGCGGGCCUCGCACCUUUCGCGGCGGGCGGCGGCGUUCUCUGGCAGCCUGUGACAGUCGGAUCUACUCGAAUACGGUUCAGUGCGACCAAGUAUACCCCACAGCCGGGUGACAUCGACGGCUGGCUGGUAUCGCGCCAGCCCCCCAUCCAGAUGCGCACUGUUAUCGAGGAGGAGCUCGAAAAUGCCGUGCGCGUUGAUAUCACCGAGCAAUUCAGGGCGAAGCUGGAGGCCAGAGACCAUGACAAGGGCACGAAGAUGCAGAUUAUGUGGGACAAUCGUUUCUUGGUGACCUUCGACAUGCACUCUGUCCCGGACGAUGUCGCGGCUGGCAUCCUCUCAGGAUCAGACCGGCUACUCAUACACCCUGUCACGCGGUGGUACUGGCCCAAGGUCCUCUGGCAGACCGCCGAGCCCAAGGAGUGGAUCGUACUGCACUCGACAGUCGUCUCCGACCGAAACAUCAAUCCCUUCAGACUGGACCGCGACACCAUGUUCGACUGGCAAUACGUGCGCACAGAGAAGAAGACCGCAGACUGGAUCCGCUCCGAGUGGAUCCGUCCGCUGACCGCGCUCUGAAAACGGGGGUGGAAAGCUAUAGUUUCGGUAGUACGACGAGGAACAUUUCGAUUACGUCGUGCCAGAUCUGGAUGUCGAAGUAAUCGAAACAGUUGUGCCCGAACUCCAGCGUCGGGACCGCCCCCGGAUAGGCGCCGACUUCUACCUUGCGUGCCCAGGGAAUCCGUUGCAGGAUCUCUUCACUACACGAGGGAGGCAGGAUCGCGUCUAAGCUGCCGUGGAUGACGAGGAAUCGGGUGUCCCGGGACAGCUUGUGGUAGUGGUUUCCGAGAUCAAAGCUGUAUCCCUGAAUACAUCGUCAGCUGUAUUCCAGAUUCCGCACAUUAGAAACUUGCUGCCUGCAACUGCUUUGCGAUGACUGCUCUCGGCCUUCGUUGUUCAGUUCGGUUGCAAGUUCUGCACGCUGCCUGUCUCACCGUCCGAUUGUGCUCGUUUGAAUCCAAUAGUUCAAGCGCGCUUCGUUGCGGGGGUCCUCCAUCCAUCGUGGAUCGAAAGCGGAUCUGAAGGCAGCUUUUGAUACGUUCCUCUCCGGCCUAGUAUUUUCCUUUGGCCUCCUAACCGGACGAACUCGCAGACCGUAAUUCUGGUCGGUGAUCACCGAGCACAGCGAAGAAGCGAAGACGACAUGGGUAACGACGAAGGGAAGAGAUUCGGGUGCCGUUGCGUGGAAUGGUAGGAAGAUCAGCG